AGUUCAGAUGCUUCGCGGGUAUCCCCCGAUUCGGAGAUAUAUACUCCGUCAUUAAGUCCGUCGAGCGGUCAAAAGAAUUAACUCCGCACGGAUGCUCAAGACAUAAGACACACGGCUUUCGCAUAUAAAGGAUAGUCUUAUCACACUCAACGAACCCAGAGCGACAACCAGCAGGUUUUGAUUUUAGUUUCGAAAGAUUUUGCCUCAGUAUCCCGAACAAUUUACCGCAUCAUAUGUGCCAUGGACCAAAGAAUCGUCCUGAUUACUGGAGCCAACUCCGGUGUUGGUUACGCAAUGAGCAAAGUCUUUGCCCAGGCACCUACCGACUUCCAUAUAAUCAUGGCCUGUCGUUCACUCGACAAGGCCAACGUAGCCAAGUCCGAGAUCAAGAAGGAGCCUGCUAUCAAGAACACUCUAUCAACAGUCCAACUUGACGUGACAGAUCAUGAAUCAAUCUCUCAAGCCGCGUCAACUGUUGAACAACAAUUUGGACGACUCGACGUGCUGAUCAACAACGCAGGCGUCAGCGGACUUGGCGCCGUCGACAACACAGCCCGACGAAUGCGACUAUGUCUGGAAACAAACGUUAUCGGGCCGAAAAUUGUCUCUGAGACAUUUCGUCCUCUGCUUCUGAAAUCCCUCAACCCCUACUCAAUCUACGUAACAAGCGGAGUUGGAUCCCUCACGCUCGCGGCGGACCCGAACUCGCCAUAUCGCGGGCCGAAGAAGGGAGAGGCCUACCGGUCGAGCAAGUCGGCCUUGAACAUGGUAGCCCUACAAGAGUGGGCCGAGGUGCAGGAUGAAGGUCAUCCGCUGAAGAUUUUUAUGAUGUGUCCUGGGUUCGUGCGGUCAAACCUCCGAGGUUGUAGCGAGGAAGCGCGGAGCGGAUGGGGCAAGGCCGGGGAUGCGGAGGUUGCUGGAAACACAGCGCUGAGCAUUGUCGAAGGAAAGCGUGAUGCGGAUGUGGGCAGAGUUGUUCAUAAAGAUGGUGUAUAUCCAUGGUAGCCUGAUGUAGGAAAGGGGCUGCGAGGCUGCAUAUAUCAUGCUAAGGACAUUAAACUUGUCAUCCAGUGACUUUUUGGCAGACAUGACACUAUGGAUAGUUCACAUUAAAAUGUGCAGCU